UAUUUUUAGAAUCAAGAUGGUGGUUGGGGAUUACAUAUUGAAGGCCACAGCACCAUGUUCUGCACAGCCCUGAGCUACAUUUGUAUGCGCAUUCUCGGAGAAGGACCUGAUGGGGGCCAGGACAAUGCUUGUGCCAGAGCAAGGAAGUGGAUUCUUGAUCAUGGUAGUGUCACACACAUGCCCUCUUGGGGAAAGACUUGGCUUUCGAUACUUGGCGUGUUUGAGUGGUCUGGAAGCAACCCAAUGCCGCCGGAGUUUUGGAUGCUGCCUUCAUUUCUUCCUAUGCAUCCAGCAAAAAUGUGGUGCUAUUGUAGGAUGGUUUACAUGCCUAUGUCAUAUUUAUAUGGGAAGAGGUUUGUUGGCCCAAUCACACCUCUCAUUCUGCAAUUAAGGGAAGAACUAUAUGCUCAACCUUACGAUGAAAUUAAUUGGAAGGGAGUGCGCCAUCUUUGCGCGAAAGAGGAUAUCUACUACCCACACCCUUGGAUACAGGACAUCAUGUGGGAUAGUCUCUACAUAUGUACAGAGCCUCUUCUUACUCGCUGGCCGUUUAACAAGUUGGUCAGAGAAAAAGCUCUUCAAGUAACAAUGAAGCAUAUUCAUUAUGAAGAUGAAAACAGCAGAUAUAUUACCAUUGGAUGUGUGGAAAAGGUGUUAUGUAUGCUUGCUUGUUGGGCUGAAGAUCCAAAUGGAGACUAUUUUAAGAAGCAUCUUGCUAGGAUCCCAGAUUAUUUAUGGGUUGCUGAAGAUGGGAUGAAGAUGCAGAGUUUUGGAAGUCAGCAGUGGGAUACUGGUUUUGCCAUUCAAGCUUUGCUUGCUAGCAAUCUCGCUGAUGAAAUUGGACCUACGCUCGCUAGAGGACAUGACUUCAUCAAGAAAUCUCAGGUCAAGGACAAUCCAUCUGGUGACUUCAGAAGCAUGCACCGCCACAUUUCUAAAGGAUCAUGGACUUUCUCAGAUCAAGACCAUGGAUGGCAAGUUUCUGAUUGCACCGCAGAGGGUUUAAAGUGUUGCCUGCUGUUCUCGACGAUGCGACCAGAUAUAGUUGGUGAAAAAAUGGAACCUCAGAGGUUAUACGAUUCUGUCAAUGUCCUACUUUCCCUACAGAGUAAGAAUGGUGGUUUAGCAGCCUGGGAACCAGCAGGAGCAGCAGAGUGGUUAGAAAUGUUAAAUCCCACAGAAUUCUUCGCGGACAUUGUGGUUGAGCACGAAUAUGUUGAAUGCACUUCAUCUGCAAUUCAGGCUUUAGUUCUGUUUAAGAAGUUGUAUCCCGGGCACAGGAAAAAAGAGAUUGAUCAUUUCAUUACCAAUGCUACAGAGUACCUUGAAAACAUACAAAUGCCAGAUGGUUCAUGGUAUGGAAAUUGGGGAGUUUGCUUUACAUAUGGUAGCUGGUUUGCCCUUGGAGGGUUAGCGGCUGCCGGAAAGACUUUCAAUAAUUGUUUAACCGUGCGCAAAGGCGUUAACUUUCUACUCACGACACAAAGAGAGAACGGUGGCUGGGGAGAGAGCUAUCUUUCAUGUCCAAAAAAGGAGUACGUUCCUCUCGAAGAAAACCGAUCGAAUUUAGUACACACUGCAUGGGCUAUGAUGGGUCUGAUUCAAGCUGGACAGGCAGAAAGAGAUCCUGCACCUCUUCAUCGUGCAGCAAAGUUGAUUAUCAAUUCUCAAAUGGAAAAUGGAGAUUUUCCCCAACAGGAAAUCACAGGAGUGUUCAUGAAGAACUGCAUGCUACAUUAUGCAGCUUAUAGAAAUAUCUACCCUCUGUGGGCUCUUGCAGAGUACCGCAAGCGGGUUCCAUUGCCUUCGGAAGCCUAAAUCGCUAACCGUAUUGUGUAGCUCAUCCAACAUAAAGGAUUAAACAUAUAUAUAAGAGCCAAUUGUUGAAAAUCAAUUUUAUGAGGGUUCAGCUUGAUGCUUAGUGAGAAUAUAUGUCUUUUUCAUGUCUUCAUUCCUCUCAUCUUCCGGAUAUUUUCCUUUCUCAUUCACACAAUCACGGUGGCAUGAGGGUUCGAAUUUUAAACUACUGGUCUGCAAGUUAAUGCUAUUUUUCACUGAA